CCACCAGACACAGACAGGAGCAGAGGGGAUUUGCUGGGGGGUUCCUGCCCAUCCCUGGACUCAGAGGGGGCAGUGGCUGCUCCGGGUGCUGUGGGGGGACAGUAAAAUUACCUGGGAGCAGGAAGGAGGGUCUGGACCCAGGCCCAACCAUCCCAGCCAUAAAAAGCCGGAGCAGCCCCGUGUCCCCUCUGCAGGAGCUCAGUCCCUCCCAGAGGAAGCGGCCGUGGCCCUGCCUGCGUCCCCACAGUGCCUGGGGGGUCCCUGGAGAGUCUCUGCCCACCAUGGAGCUCCUGCUGCUGGUGCUGCUGGCCACGACUCUGGCCACUGGUGCUGCUGGCCGUGACCUUGGUCACUGCAUCAAGGAGCUGUCCCUGGACAUGGCUCCCAACUCCUUCGAUGACCAGUACCGGGGCUGCCGGGACGAGAUGUUGAAGGCGCUGCCGAAGCUCAACUGCUCCGAGUUCACCACCAACAGCGUCUCUGCCAGAGCUUGGGCCGAGGCCACCACCCAAUGGCACAGCCACCGAUUCCCAGGGUGCCACCUGCAGCCAGAAGAGGCCAUCGCCCUCCUGGCUCACACGCUGCAGUGGGAGCUGCCCCGUCAGUUCAACGCCGCCGGGCGCGUGGCCGGGCGCUCCCGCCGCAUUUACCUGUGAGACUUCCCCUUCAAGGUGCUGCAUUUCCUGCUGACCGAGGCCCUGGAUGACCUGUGGGAUGCCCAGACCCACCCCCGCUGCCUCCACGUGUCCCGGGGGGUCCGAGGGAUCCGCUUCACUGCCCAGCCCGGAGACAUCGUCCGCUUUGGCCACUUCAGCUCCUCCUCCCUGAGCAAAGGGGUGAUCAAGAGGUUCGGCACCGACACAACGUUCGAGGUGCACACCUGCCACGGCGCCAGGAUCCGGGACUUCUCCAACUACCCUAACGAGGAGGAAGUCUUCAUCCCGCCCUUCGAGACCUUUAAUGUCACCAGUGUCACCCAGCAAGGGAACAAACCCCACAUCCAGCUCCGCUCCCUCGGAGUGCACAGCAAACACAACUGUGCCUUGUGCUCAGCUCCCCCUGAACUUCUCCUGAUCCCCCAGGCAGGAGCAUCCCCAGGGACCCCCAAACCUCAGGGGGCUCCCCCUGAAAGCCCUGGCAGUGGCUGCUGGUACCCCCUGAGCCACGAGGACACUGCUGUCACCUCUGCCACCUCUGCCACCUCUGUCACCUCUGCCACCUCUGUCACCUCUGCCACCGUGCCCGGCCCAGCCGAGGGCUCAGGAACGGAGCCACCGGUGUCACCAGGACGGCAGGACGGGCCGGGGGGCACGGGGACCCCCCGCUGCAGGGGGACACUGGACAAGCCCAGGGGACGCCCUCCCUGA